AUGACGCUGUGCUGUCCGCGACCCCGCUGGUCGCGCGCGCCCUGCUGCCGCGUACUCGCGCGCAGCCCACCCGCAGCCGCUGGCACGUGCCCGCUGCACGCCCGCGCCGCCGCGUGCCCAGCUGGCCGCGGCUCCGCUGGUCGCCGCCCGGCUGUAGGUCGCCGCCGCGUUCGCGCCGUGGCCGUGCUGCCCGCCGUGGAUGUCGAUGUAGCCGCGCGCCGCGCGCCGUGGCCGCGCCGUCCCGUGGCCGUGCCGCGCGCCGUGGCCGCACCGCGCCACUGGCCAUCGCCUUGCCCGGCCGUGCCCGCUGCAGGUCGCCGCUCCCGCGAGCGCGCGCGCCUGGCCAGCCCCGGCCGCGCCCGCGUGCGAGCCGCGCCGCGCCACUGGCCAUCGCCUCACCAGGCCCCGCCGCGCGAGCUGGCCGGCCCUAGGCUGCCGCCGGCGCGUGCCUUGGCCGCCGUCGGGUGGCGCCAGCCCCCGCCGCGCGAACUGGCCGGCCCCAGGCCGCCGCCGCACCCUGGGCGCUAG